AUGCAUUUAACCCGGUGUCUUCAAAACUUAGGGGUUGCCAAUGGAUCUUUCGCUAAAUUUAAUUUAUUGAAAACUAGGAAAGCGGAUAUUUCUGAAGUUAUAAAAAAAAUUAAGCUUAUUUAUUUAGUGUUAACACCUCCUCCUUUUGAUUGUAAGAGGCAAGAAUAUCUUUAUAACAGUAUUUGCCCUUUUGCUAAAGAUGAAUAUAUCUUAGACUCAGACCAGGAAAACAAUGAAAGCCUGUCAUUCGAUCAAAAAGGAAAGUGGUUGAUCAGUCGACAUAAAAAGACUAGUGAUAAUGGAUAUAAUGAUUUUUGA